AUGGACUGGUCAUAUAAUGAGGAGGACAGACGACAGAUGGACAAUAAGGACUCUGGCAUGCAUCCUCGCGAAGUAAAACGUCCUCGAGGGAGGUCACCGACCAGAUGGGUAAUCGUUGCACGGAUGGACCAGCUGAAUCAGCUGGUAACGAGUAAUCUCGCGAAUGUUGCCGGCGCAGUUCAAUAUCAACAUCGUGAAUGA